ACCCAGUGGCGAUAUAAAGAGCACCGCUGCUGCUGCAGGUCAUAAAUGUUUUGGAACAGAGAAAUGGCUGGAGGUUCUAACCUUAUUUGGGCUCUCUUCCUUCUCAUCUGUGUCUUCCAUGCAUCUGACAACAGACACGUGCCAUAUAAUGAGGGUGAAUUUGUCAAGAAGACAGGAAACCCAGAGGUGGAAAAAGACCUGCCCAGGAUUCCAAGUCCUCAAUGAAUUUCUAUUUGGACUUUUUAAUCCAAUGGGUUUCAUCCUCUUUCAGUCAAUCAACAAACUUUGCACUGGGGUCGAAGAAAGGUUGGCUUCCCUGAACAUGCAGCUUCAGGAAACAACCAAGCGUAACAGCCAGCUUGAUGGGGAAGCCUUCAAGAUGAGGAGGGACGUCAGGCAGCUGAAUCUGAAACUCUCCACCUGCACUUCAGCUUUGACAUCUGUCGCAGGCUCAUAUCAAGCCCAGCUGCAGACCAAAAUGGACCACCUGCUGGAGGUGUUGGACACUGAGAUAUUUCAAGUUUUAAAGCUCAUGGGACUAACCAGGGAUGUGAGAGCUUUACAGAGGAAGUUUGAAUCUGCUGUUAAUUCAAAUGGGAAUUCGACUGAGAUAACAGCUCUGCAAGUAGAACUGAACGCAAAGACCACCGAGCUGAACGCUAAGAAACAGAAAAUAAACAGAACUGGGGAAAGCUUGGCAUUAAUCCUAGAGAUAAUCUCCCUGCAAAAUCAGAUCUGGGACCUGCAGGAUACCAAAUUAAACAUAGAAACUGCUCUUAAUGUUGAUGGAAAACUUCUGGCUCUACAAGAGCUGCUGGACAAGAAGCUCAACAUGCUGCAACGCAAAGACGACAUUCUCUCUAUUGUGCUGGAGCAGAUUUCUGUGCGCAGUCAAAUCAUAGUGAUGGAGAAAAGGAUCAAGAUCCUGACUGAGGAAACUGUAUCUAAAACUUCCAAUGCUCAGAGACAACUGAGGCAAAAGACUGAGCAACUGAAGAGAGCAAUUUUGCUGCUGAGAGAUCGUGAAAAUGACCAGAAUCUUACUAAGGAAAUUAUCAGGUUGCAGAUGGAGGUGGCUCUUUUGUCACAGUUGGUUUCAGAUACUGAAAGGACACUGGAACCCAUACUCAAAGCCCUUACAGUGAGCCUGGAGGUAAAACAGAAAGAAGAGGCCAUUUUGCAGAAAAAGCUGGAGAGUGCAGAUCACGGCAUAGCACAGCUGAUCAUGAAAAUUAUCAGCAUCAUGGAGGAGCUAAGAGAGCAACAGGAGACAAAAGGUGGUCAACACCAGGAUAUUCUGUCACUCCUUCAAACCUAUAAACAAGACUACACCAAGGCUCAAACUGAAAUAAAGAAUCUGAAGGAUCAGCUGGGUCGGACACGUGAGCAGUGUUCUGGAGUUGAAGAACGAUAUAUAGCGGUGAAAACUGAACUGGAACAAAGGAUUGCACAGCUAAACAAGACUGAAGCCUCUGAACCUGCCCUCAUUCUUACUGUAAUAAACCUGCAUGGUGAAAUCAACGCUUUAAAGAAGUUGAUCUCAACCACGACUGACACAAAUGAGAUUGCAAAGCUGCAGAAGCUGAUCCAGCAGAAACAAGAGGUACUGAACACCAGGACUGCAGACAUAGAAAGACUGAUUCCCAACCCAAGUAUAAUUUUAAGGAUUAUUGAGCUGCAGAAUAAAAUCUGGGAGCUUCAGAGCAACUAUACUGAUGGAACAACUGAUGUGAUAACAGUGUUGCAACAGAGACUGCAGGGUCUGCUCAGUGAACUAGAUAGCAAAGACCAGGACAGCACAAUACAGACGAUUACAAUCCUGAACCUGCAAAGUCAGGUGGAGUAUCUCCAGAAACUGCUCUCGAUGGCUAAGUUUUCACAUUCCCACAGGAUUACCCAGCUCACUAAUGAGCUUGAAGCAAAGCAGGCAGAGUUGGGAAAAGUUUUCAGGGAGGUGACUGAGAAGAACCAGACAAACGGCAAUCUGUUGAUAAGCAUCUCUUUGCUGCAAAGCAAGCUCAGGCAACUGGAAACUGCAAAGGAAAGUGAGGAAAAAACAGCUUCUGCCACAGUAACCAAGCUGAAGGAACAACUGAAGAUUAAAGAGAAGGAGAACCAGGAACAUCAAGCUUUGAUCAAAACUCUGCAGAUCAGUUUGAACCACACUGAAGCCCAGUGUUCUCUUCACGAGCACAAAAUUAAAGACCUGCAGAAUAAUUUGGAUACCAAGAUUGAGAAACUCAACUCCAAACAUGACAUGGUUACAUCCCUUGUUCUUAAAGUUUCUACACUAGCUGUGCAGCUGGAGGAACUGAGGAAGCAGCUGAAAAACUCCCUUUCUCAAUCUAAAGUUGAAGAGCUUCAAAGAAUUAUUGACCAGAAAAAUGCAGACCUGGACAAUAAAACAGUAGAGCUGAGAGAACAAAGCACUCAGGCACAAAGAUUUUUACAGAUUAUUGCUGUACAGGUGGAGAUCGAGCAACUUGCACAUGUGGCCUCAAAUGAAUCAGAUUAUGUCGAGGUCAGAGCACUGCAAGACCAUCUCAAUUACCUGAUAGAUGGAAUUCAGGAUACAGACAAUAAAAACACAAAACUAACGCUUAAAAUUCUGGCUCAACAAGACGAAAUAGCCAAACUGAAGAAGGAGGAGGAGAAUCGGCUGGGAGAGCAAGCUGAAAAAAUUAAAGAUCUGGAAAAUGAAUUGGAGUUGGUCAGAACUCAAAUAAAAGAGAAAACCAUUUUGCUGGAAUCAAGUACCACCGGAAUUGCAAAUCUGUCUGCUCAGAUUAUGGAGCUACGUGAUAAAACCGGACCCCUACAGGAGCAAAUAUCAGACCUCAAACAGAUGUAUGCUGAAAACCUUGAAGAGCUUCAAGAAAGACUCAAUUUCACUAGAUCGAAACUGCAAAACACUGAACUUCAGCUCAAGCACGCAGAUGCAGAGAAUUUUAAACUGAUAAUGGAAAUCACCAAUCUGAGGGCUAAGGUGAAAAAAACUAUGGAAGAAGCUUCCAAAACUCUUACGAAGAGUACUUCUGACCUGGAACAACAACUAAAGACGAACGAAAAAGAGAACAGAAAGCUUGAGAGUGUAAACAGAGACUUAAGGCAACAAAUUGACAACCUGGAAAUGUGCUGCAAUGCCAACUCCGAAUGUGAAGACGAACAAAAGCAGCUGCUGCAGAGCCAGGAGGAUGCAGAUCGUCUCCAGCAGCUGCUGCUGGAGAGGGACGCUGCCCUGAAAAAGCUGCAGCGUGACUUCGAGCAACAGCGCCAGGAAAAAGACAGACUGCAGGAUGACUACGACAAUCUCGUGAGGAAACAAACUGAUGUGGAAGACAGGACCAUCUAUAGCACAAAGACCACUUGGGAUCCAUUAACGGCACAUCCCAGAUUAACUUUGUCUGCCAACAACACCGAGGUGUUCACAGCCAAAGACCCUGUCCAAGUCAAGGACAACCCCAGCAGGUUCGAUGUGGUUCUGGGGGUUCUGGGUGCAACCGGCUACUCAAGAGGCCGUCAUUACUGGGAGGUGUCUGUAGCUGAAAAGAAUUGCUACCACAUUGGAAUGACCAGUGAGUCCGUUAAGAGAAAAGGAUUGCUAUCCUUCAGGCCUGCAAAUGGUUUCUGGACCUUAGUCCUCACCAGAUACGGUGAACUAAAAGCGAUUGACAGGAUGUCUGUUAAUCUUCAAGUUGAGAGGCAACCCAUUACACUGGGAAUCCUGCUGGACUAUAAAAAGGGACAGAUUUCCUUCUAUGACUCUGGUGCCAGAUCUCAUUUGUACUCGUUCUCAGCUCAGGAGUUUACAGAUAAAAUCUAUCCGUUUCUCAACUAUUGCGUUGAGGAUGUUGAACAUCCUCAACCAAUAGUUUUACUCCCUCCAGGAUCAACUGACUGGAUUAAUUAAGCAACAAAACAAGUUCAGUUUUGUCACAUUUAUCCAAGAUGUAUCUCAGUUAUGAACAAAUGAUUUAAUAAUGGAAUAUUUCACAGAGUAAAACGGUAUUUACACAUUUGACUUUCUGAAUGAUCUUGAUUCAAUAAAUAAAAAAA